GAAUUAAUCAAACACAUGAUUGGACAUUUACAGAAACACUAGUGACAAAUUUAGGCCAAGGGUCAAAGCUUUAGAGGAAUUAAAAACAUCCGGAGGGAAAAAAAUGUAUUGAUUAUAAAGCAUGAUGUUUCAUAGAUUGGAUUAGAAAAGAAGUGUAUAGACACCGUCUAUUAUCAUCAAAAUCUCAUUUGUGCGAGAUGCUUUCUUACGGAAGGGUUUGCUCUACCGGAAAUGCCGUAAUACGCUUUCCAGCAGAUGUCGUAAUUUUACGGCACAAUCGUUAGUAUACAGAUAGCUCUGUCGUAUAGACUCUCUAAGCAUCCUAGGAGAGAUGAUAACCGCCAUCGAAUUGUUUAUUAAACCACUGAUAAGAGAAUGCCAGAAAAGGAUUGCGUCAUUUGAAUUCAACUUCACAGGUGGCGUAUAUUGUAAUGGAACCGUUGAUGAUUUUGGGGGUUGCUUCAAUGUUACAAAGGCAGGACAGACGGAAAAGAUACAAUGUCCAUUUUUCUUCAACAAGAAAGGUUUUGUAUAUAAAACGUGUUCAGCGAAUGGAGAAUGGAUGAAAACUAACUAUCAGAAUUGUAGAAAUCUAAAUUUUGAAGAAGACGAAGCUAUGGCUCCUGUUUAUGUCUUUAUCGGAGGAUAUGCUGUAUCCAUCAUUCUCUUAACACUAUCACUCUUCAUUUUCUAUUAUUUCCCUCAGCUACAGUGUGGACGAGUGACCAUCCAUAAAAACCUCUUUCUGUCCUACAUCUUAACUGGAAUCACGUGGAUUCUCUAUUUCGUUGUGGUCACAUUUGACGGAGAUGUGCUUCUAAGAAAUCCGGCUUGGUGCCAAUUACUUCAUGUAAUUACGAACUUUUGUAUGGUAUGUAAUUACUUCUGGAUGUUUUGUGAAGGUUUCUAUCUUCACACCAUCCUACUAAGAGUAUUUGGUACCGGAAGGAGGCUAAUUGUCAUGUGUCACGUGACCGGAUGGGUAUUUCCAAUCAUACCCACUGCAAUUUAUGCCACGAUACGAAGUUCGGAUCCAUCAAAAAGUAUAAAGUGUUGGAACCCGUAUAGUGAUUACCUAUGGAUAAUAUAUGGACCCAUUAUCGGAUCACUUCUGUUAAAUGCAUUUUUUCUAAUCAACAUUGUUCGGUUGCUAAUGACAAAACUGAAAAGAGUUCCAGAGGCUGCUCAAACAAAGAAAGCAGCCAAAGCUACAUUGGUUUUAAUACCGUUACUCGGUCUUCACAAUCUUCUUUUACCUGUUCGACCAGAUGAUGGUUCUUCAAUGGCGGAAGUGUAUACUUUCCUAAUUGCAAUUUCUUUGUCUCUUCAGGGAUCUUUUGUUGCGGUUAUCUUCUGUUUGUUUAAUGCUGAGGUUACAACGGUAUUAAAGAGGAAAUGGCAGCAGCACAUGUUAAUGAGAGGAACAACCUGUAUUAAAAUAGGAAGUACUCACAUCACUUCCUACUCUAUGACGGAGAAUGGACAGGCGGACGUCAUCACCGAUAAUAUGACGGAGGAAUCCAGAAAGAAUCGCCCUGUGAAUGUUUAAACACUGGCCGCCAUGAAAUGAUUGGUUAUUAUGAAAAUCUGUGUGUGAAA